CGAGAGCACGAUAAGGAAGGAAGAAUGAGAAAGGAAGCAGAAGCACAAGUGGAAUUGGCAAAAAAGAGAUGCAGAGAUGUGAUCGACCGAAUAGAGGGAUUGCCAGCUUCCACCAAGAUCACUGCUUCUUGCAGACGCACUCUUCUCAAAUUGGCCCACUCCGAACUCACUUUCCUCUGCCGCUGUUGCUCCUCCACCUCCUCCUCUUCUUCCACUCCCCUCAACCUCAGUAAUUUUGGCAGUGUCAAUAUCGGGCACCUCGAGGCAGUUGUUCACCUUCUCCAGCAGCCUUUCAUCACUGGUGUUUCCCGCGUUUGCAAGCCAAUUCCUUUGUCAACUUUAGCCCCACAUCCACAUGGGCAGAAAACCGACCCUUGUCUUAAAAUACAUGUCCACGUUGAUAUAGUAUGUACUCUCCAUAGGAACCCUGUCUGGAUUAUUGUAUCUGAUAGGAACCCAAAAUACAUUAGUUGGAGUGGCAGCAGCUGCGGAUCCCCUUACAAAAGGGAUAAGAGUAAGGGCUUAAAAUUGCGUAUUCAGCAAGUCACUGCUGCUGCCCGGUCAGCCGUGGCACUGAAACCUUCCUCAGUUAUUCUCUUCUUUUCAAACCGAAAUGGACUUAGCAGCAUUGUUUGCGAUAAACUCAAAGAUGAAUUUGGGGCCACUGAGUUUCAAUUGGAUUUUCCUGUUUUAGAUUUUAAUUUUGAUUUAUCCGAGGAAGCAGGUGAAUGGACUAAUGUACUUGUUGCGAGAACAUAUCAAGAGGCUUGUGCAUUCGAAAUAAAGGUUAGUGAUACAAGGAACACUGUUUUAAGUUCAGAAUCUGAUGUGAAGGAUUCAAGCCUGGGAGAGGCUGCUGUUACUGAGAAAGAUCCGUUCGUCUCAACAGAGCACACAGAAUUUUUCCGUGCUUUCUCUAACCUUAUUUCAGGAAUGGAAUUCUACUCAUUGUAUCUAAAAAAUGGGGAAUCCGCUCAAGUUGGGAGUCUUCUGGGUCAAAGUGAACUUAUAAACUUUGAUACAACUGCCUUGAUUGCUCUUGUAUCAGGUAUUAGUAAUGGUGGCACUCCAAAACUUUUGGCUACUCCAGAAAGUGAAUUGAGGCAACGGUUUAAGGGUAACUACGAGUUUGUGAUUGGACAGGUGAUGUCUGAAAUUCAGAAUCCAAUUCUUGUUGAACUUGGUCGCACAAUAUCUGGGAAGAGAGUCAUAAUCUGUGAAAGUGUUCGUUCAGAGUUCAAAGAGUUAGUAUUGAUGUGUGGAGGGCCCAAUGAGAAGUUGAGAGCUAGUCAGUUACUGAAUUGUCUUACGGUUGUUCCUAAUAGUCCUUCUGAACGCAUGAUGAACCUUCCAACCACUAGAAAACUGGCUUUGAAGAAUAAGGUUGUUUUUGGUACUGGUGAUUACUGGUGUGCUCCAACUGUAACGGCAAAUAUGGCAUUUGUGAGAGCAAUUUCACAAACUGGGAUGUCCUUGUUUACCAUUGAGCACAGACCUCGCGCUUUGACUGGUGAUUAGUUCUAUGUUGUCCUCAGAUUAAGAAGUGAAGCAUGCUCCCAUGGAUGGUGAUAUCAGGUAUAGUUAAUCCAUGUUAACAAUUGAAGUGAUUGAAUCUGUAUCUACAUUCAUUAAUAACUACCUUUACACUUAUAGAGAAACAAGCAAACACAUUAUCCAUUCUAACUGUUACAUCAAAUGUGUGUUGAAACUGAUUAUAGGAAUAUUCUCUAAAUAAAUGUACAUCUAGAGUUUUGUGAGAGUAAUGGUUGGUUGCAAGGGUAUGCAACUUUUGAUGAAUUGUUUCCUUCAGCCUGCAAAGUGGCUUAAUUUAAUCUCACACAUAAUUGUGGCUGCUAGUAGUAAACAGAUUCUUGAAGAAAUGAAGUCCUGCAAAUAAUACAACGAAGAACCCAAGUUUCAUAUGGGAAUGGGCAAUGGUUUAUGGAAUGACUGAGUGGCUACUUCUUGCUAUAUUGGGGUUUGAUCUAUGAUGAGCUAUUCCAGAGAACGUAAAAAAGAAAAUUAUUUAUUUCCUCUAUAGGUCAUUGAGGGGUUUGAAGAUCUGCUUGAAUUUGGGGGGUGGCAUUUUUGUCAAACGGGACCUGCUGGAUCAGCUGAGACUUGAACUGAUCAGAACACCUGGUGGUUUGUGGCGCCCAUAUGUUCCAGUCAUUUGGGUACAUCUAGGAGACGGUGGGUUCUCUGAUCUUUCUAGUUAUAAAACUCAAAUUAUUGAUGGACAUGCCACUGUCAUGUAAACCCUAUAAUAAUGUAGGUUUGUAAAACAGUUUUUAUAAGAUGUUGCUUUAGCCACACGGUAUUGUGAUUUU